AUGGCACGUUCCAACCAAGCCACCCAACCGAACCAAGGGUCAAGUUAUGACCCCGAGUUCGAGAGCCGUAUAGGCGUAUAUCGAAGGAGGCAACGACUACUCGUUGCCAGAAGCAUCCACUUUCAAGCUUCUCGUGUAGACUUUGAGACAGCCUGCCGAGCCAAGCUCAGCAACCCGGACUCAGUCCAAUUCUUCUGGCAGGAGUCCAACAACCGGAGGCACACCCACCGAGGCUGGGUCAUGCUUGGGUUCGAUACCCGAGAGAACUGUCGCCUGGCUCUGAACGAGCUUGCAAACUUCCGGGUCCGAAACCGGGAUGUUAACAUCAGCAAAGCGAGUAGGCGGGCUUUUGCUCCGACUGAUCAAGCAACGCAAGGGUCAUCUCUUGCCCAAGCCGCUGCUCCCGCCAACCCUGAUGCAGCUCCUCCUCCCACCACGACAACCACCACCACCAGGACCACCACCAGGACCACCAUCAUUACCACCACCACCGCAGUUGAAGAGAUUCCGACUGCCCCCGCCGCCGACAUAAUGACGGCUUUGGUUACUUAUCUUGACCGCCCUUCGGCCCCUCAGUAG